AAUAUAAUAUAAUAUAAUAUAAUAUAAUGUAAUAUAAUAUAAUGUAAUGUAAUGUAAUGUAAUGUAAUAUAAUAUAGUAUAGUAUAGUAUAGUACAACAAGUAAUACAAUACAAUACAAUACAAUACACUACACUACACUACACUACACUACACUACACUACACAACACUACACUACACUACACUACACUACACUACACUACACUACACUACAAUACAAUACAAUACAAUACAAUACAAUACAAUACAAUACAAUAUUUCACAGCUCCAAUUUCCACAUGUCCAUUGAUGUACUUUGCCUAGACCUGUAAAAAGCACCACAGAUGUCAGAUGCAACUGUAGGACAGAAAACCGAUUUCAUAUAUUUUAACUUUAUUUAUUUUCUGUGUGUUUGUUUGAAGCAUUGUUAAGUACUACUGUUUUAGUGUUGCCCUUGGACCCAAGGCUGGAGCUUAGCCUGUGUUGUGACUUGAUGACCAGGCAACAUGCCAUCUGAAUAGGGCGUUUCAUUUGUGACUGGGUGGAUGCAUUACGGAGCAGUGCGAGCAAUUUACAAAAUAUCCAGUGACAACUCCAGGACAGUGAAGAUUAUGAGUCUUCAAAGUCUACUAUCCAGAAUUGUUCAUUUGCUGUCUUUGUGCUGUCUACUUCCAUCACCUGAGGAACUCGGGAUACCACUGGAUACUUGAAAAAGACUCUCCAGCAGAAGGUGGCAGAAAUGUCUUUCAGUUCAUUUCCACAUUUGGGUGUACAAAUAACUUCUGUUCAUCCUGCAAAGGAUCACGGGACAGACAACACAACAUAUGGACUCCAUGCAGUUACUCUUUAACUGUGGAUAACUGUUGUCUUGAAAGAUGAAGAGAUUGUCCUGUGAGAUGAACAAAGUAGCUUCCAGCCUCCUACAGUUCCUGGCACCGGUUCUGGUUCUGGCCCUGAUUUGCCCAGCUUCUGGCUACAGUUUGGAUCAGGAGCACAGUCUGGAGUUUAGAGGUCCCCCGUCAUCCAUGUUUGGAUACACAGUCUUGCUCCAUCAUAACAGAUCUCAUACCUGGUUGGUUGUUGGUGCUCCUGUUGACAACUCUUCCUCACAUGCUUCAGUCCAGGCUCCAGGAUCAGUGUAUCGCUGCAGGAUCAGCGCAACUUUCGAUCCUGAUGGCUGCAAGUUGAUGCCCUCUGAUGUCCGGACCUGUGGGAAAACUUGUGAGGCGGAGAGUGACCAUCAGUGGCUGGGAGUCAGUCUGUCCAGACAACCCACAGAGAGUGGGGGACACGUGCUGGCCUGUGCUCAUCGAUGGAAGAAUGUGUACUACUCCAAAAAAGACAGCCAGAACAACAAGCUGCCGUAUGGAGUCUGUUAUCGCUACAGCAGCGAUUUGGGACAGGCUCGACCCAUAAUUCCCUGCUAUGUCGACCAUAAGCGAAAGUUUGGAGAAGGUUACGGCUCCUGUCAAGCAGGUAUUUCCAACGUCCUGACAGAGGAUCUGAUCAUCAUGGGAGCCCCCGGGACAUCUUACUGGACUGGAUCACUUCUGGUGUAUAACACCUCCAGCAAUUCGAUGUCAGCGUACCUAGACGAUGACUCCCGAGUCGUUGGCUUUGGAAGCUACCUGGGUUACUCUGUUGCUGCUGGUCACUUUCUGAGUCCCAGCAGUGUUGAGAUGGUGGGCGGAGCUCCACAGUACAACCAGAAGGGAAAGGUUUUUAUUUUCUCUGUGGACGGCUCAAUGCUGCGAGUGAUCUCUGAUGUCACCGGUGUAGAGUUGGGAUCUUACUUCGGUUCCAGUGUGUGUGCCGUGGAUGUGAAUGCCGACGGCCUGUCUGAUCUGUUGGUGGGUGCUCCGAUGGCAACCAGUGCCACCAUGGAAGAGGGCAGAGUGCAUGUUUACAUAAACAAGGGAAAGGCAAAGUUAGAGGAGGCGGAGUUCCACCUGACUGGCAGGAACUCUUACGCAGCUCGAUUUGGCGAGGCCAUCGCUAACAUUGGAGACUUGGAUGAUGACGGCUAUCCUGAGGUGGCAAUCGGGGCUCCACACGAGGAUGAGCUGAAAGGAGCCGUCUACAUCUACAAUGGUAUGAAAGAAGGAAUCUCCCCCACACCAUCUCAGAGAAUCUCUGGGUCCACGCUGGGUCGGAAACUCAUGAUGUUUGGCCAGUCUUUGAGUUCCGGCAUUGACAUAGAUGGGAACGGCUACCAGGAUGUGGCUGUCGGGGCUUUUCUCUCAGACUCUGCAGUCAUCCUCAGGUCUCGGCCAGUGAUCCGGCUGGAGGUGUCUCUGAAUCUGCCGCCCCAGAUCGAUCAGCAGGUGGCGCUGUGUCAGGAACACAAGAUGGCUGUGGUUUGCUUUGAUGUUGUCGUUUGCUUCAAAGUCACCUCCAGGCAAUUCAAAGGAGUCGUAGAGCUACUGUACAACUUGACCUCCGAUGUACUCCACAAAACGUCAUUUCCUCAUCGAUUUUAUUUUACCAUGAACGGCUCAUCCAAUAUCACUGGUGUACAUUCUAAAAUACGACACGGUCACCAGAGUUGCACAACCCAUACAGUUCACCAGAAGAAGGACGUGCGGGAUAUUUUCACGCCUGUCAAGUUUGAGGUUUCCUACAGUCUGAAAGAAAGACGUACCAUCACACUGCACUCGAAGUCAUUCCACCCUUUAAAACCAAUACUGCAACAAGGCCGAGGAAUGUGGAAUACCAUAUCAAACCAGACGUCUUUUGCUCGUUCCUGUUUCCUGACUGACUGCUCCACGAAUAUGCAGCUGUCAGCUCAGCUAGUGCUGCCAAGUGAGCAGAAGUAUUUUGCUUUGGGCUCGGGCCGGACUUUUGUGGUCAAUACAACGCUUGUCAUUGCUGGAGAUGAUGCGUUCCUGCCACGUCUUAUGCUACGCUUCCCAGACAACAUCCACUUCAUCAAAGUGCUGCAGCAUGAGGACAACAUGGUCACUUGUGAUGUUACCAAGGCAGUCAACAGCUCAACUGUCUACUUGGAUUGUGGUGUUUCCAGUCUUGUCCUUCCAACCUACUCUCAGGUAAACCUGAGUUUUUUGUUUGACGUCAAUCAGAACUCCACACCAGGAGACGUUGUCAUUCAACUGAACACCAGCAGUGAGAACUUUGAGAGGGAGGAGUAUCUUCAUGACAAUUCAGUCAGUCUGACACUUCCUCUCAAGGAUGAAGUAAACAUCAACAUUCACGGAUUUGUGAGCCCUUCUUCCUUUGUGUUUGGGGACGACGACUUGACUCCAAUUGACUGUUACUCAGAAAACGUGAAUUACACUUUCAAGGUGAUCAACUCAGGACCCAGCAGGUCCGCAAAGACUGUGGUGGACAUUUUGCUGCCCAAGGUCCUCGUGCCAUACCCACAUCGACUGCUGCACAUUCUGGACUGGCAGUCGUCUCAGGGCGUUUGCUCCAUCACUGACAAGACUGUUCCAGUUAAUGACGACUGCGAUGUUCCUCAAGCUUCCUUCAUCCAACAGCUGGUCUUCUUCUUUUCCUCCAGCUCCAGUCGAAGGAUGUUCUGUGGCCGUGGCGAUCACCUGUGUGAGCAUCUGGUGUGUCAUCUUGGCCACCUGGAUGCAGGAAGAGAUGCCACCAUCCAGCUGGAGGUCAGACUCAACCCUGCUGUACUGCUCCAAGCUCCGGGACGACAAAGCGUCAUGACUAUGGAGAGCUUGGCUGUGAUCUCAUCUCCCAGAGUCAAUCGUGACACCAUUAUGAUCCAUGAGGAGCCCAUGGCAGCGGUGGUGGUCAGCGCCUAUUUCUCGAAGAAACCAUCAACUGUUGUGAAAGUCUUCAUCAUCCUGGUCAGCCUAGUUCUGGGUCUGACUAUUCUGGCGGCCCUCAUCUGGUGCCUGUGGAAGACUGGUUUCUUCAAGAGGGAGCUGCAAAAGAAACAGGAGGAGUUCAAACGGGACAGCUGGGACUAUGUUCCCAAAUAUGACAAGAGCGAGAGUACUUCCUAACGCUGCUGAAGUCGAGGGACAGCAGAGUGGGACUGGUGGGAUGGAUGUUUGGAUGGAUGAAUGGAAGGAACGCUCUGCAACAGAGACUCAAUAAUUAUUCUUCCAGCCAACCCAAGGAAGAGGAACUGUACAGUGAAGUAAAUGUUCUAUGAAAGAAGGCGAUAAUGGAGCUGUCUCCACAGCCCUCCAAACCAAUGACUUGUCAGUGAACAAAGAUAUUUUUGUGACACAAGAAGAAGACAUCUGAAAAUGUACCUAUUUUUUUAGCAUUCAUCUGAGGUGAAAAUACAAUCUAUGUUUGCUUACGGGUUUACUAUCCUUGGACUGCUUUACUGUGGUUAUUCUCACGCAGACUGUGAUGUUCUGUCAAUCAUGAACCGACCAAUAAUGACAAACCCUGAAAUGUCACUUCACCAUUCAGGGAGGAUGCGGCGGAAUUCUCGGCAAUCCAGAGCUGUCAGUGUGAACAAUUGCUGAACUGAAUUAAAACUAAAUAAAUGUAAAAAUACAUAAAAAACAAAUCAUUUUUUAGGUGCAUGCAUAUCAGCAAUCCUACUCCAGUUUGUUGCACUUUGAGGAAGUGCGCCUGGAGGGUUUUUUUGACACGUGUUCAUUGCACAAAACUGUAUGAUUUGAAAAAAGUACAUUGGUAAUGUGCCCAACCCAUUGAAAAUGGUUUGUUUCGCAGGAGCAGAAAUCUGACAGCUGCCUGCAGGAAUGCCUCUUACAUGAUUUCUUUUUUCUCUCUCUUUGGUUCAUCCACCUGUCAUUAUUUUAUUAAAAUUAACUACAAACUAUUUUAUUUUUACUACAUUCGUUUUGCUCCCCCUCCUUUCAUCUUAUAAAAAGUAAAACGUUUUUUUCCUCAAACAAACAGGUGAAAAUGUUCCCACUAUUUAAAUUAAACUAUCCUGAUGAAAUUUACUUAAAUCUAAGGGCAGUGCAAUGAAAUGGGUUUCGUGUUUCUGCUAUUUACAUCCAUGGCACAACCUCAGCCAACGUGUUAAUUCCAUCAUUAAAUGUCAGAUUAGAUUAGAUUUGUGGUUGUCGCUGGGCAACUGCCUUCAUGGGGUCGAGGUCUGGAGACUGAGUUGGCUACUCCAUCACCCUGGAAUGCUUUUUGUGGCGCAGUGCUCACUGGUUGAAGGAAGUUUUGCCUUAAAUUGUUAUGUUACGGUGCGUGGCCCCGUUCAUUCUGCCCUUAGUACAGAUCAGUCUGGUCCCCUUGGUAGAAAAACAGCCCCAAAGCAUGAGGUUUCCACCACCAUGCUUCACAUUACACUAUAUAUAUGGUGUUCCUGGGAUGCAACUCAGCAUUUGUGUUGCUCCAAACACGACCACUUGAGUUUUUACCCAAAAGCUCUAUUUUGGUUCAUGAUAUUCUCCUGCUCUCUGGCAAACAAGCUCUCGGCAGGUCAUUCAUCAGGUCAUACUCGAUGUAGUUCUGGGAUUUCUUUUCUCCGUUCUCAUCAUGAUUUUGACCCCACAGGAUGAGGUCUUGCUUGGGGGCCAGAUUAUAGGAGAUUAUCAAUGAUCUUGUAUGUUGUCUGUUUCCUCACAGUUGCUCCCACAGUUAUUUAUUCUCAUCAACCUGGUUGAGGUCUACACUUUUCUUCCUGGUGUCCUUCGACAGCUCUUUGGUCUUCACCAAAGUGAGUGUGGAAUCUGUGGGCGGGUGUUGUUUAUACAGAUUACAAGGUCAAACAGGUCACCAUAAUCCAGGUGACGUGUGGAGUGCAGGAGAGCCUCUUAAAGAAGCUACAGGUCUGUGAGAAUCAGAAAUCUUGCUUCUUUGUGGGUGGCCAGAUACUUGUUUUCCACCAUAAUUUACAAAUCAAUUCUUUAAAAAUCCUACCAUGCGAUUUCCUCGUUUUGUCUCCCACAUUUGAAGUGUACGUCUGAUGAAAAUCAUCGACCCCUCACAUCUCUCUAAGUGGGAGAACUACCUUUUUGCCCCCACUGUACAUAAAACACAAAGCUGCACCACAUUACACAUGUAUACAAAUUAAAUACAUCAAUGUUGACAAUGAACAAAGUGUCCAGGAUGGGAUGCCAUUUAAAAAAAAUGUAUUACUAUUUACACUGCAGGUUCUUCAAACUAGCCACUCUUUGCUUUGAUAACCACUUUGCUCACUCUCCUAACUUCAUGCAGUUGCCUCCUGAACUGGUGUUCCAACAGGUGACUGCAUCAUGAAGCGCAUAAAGCAGACCAGCGGUUGGCAGUGCUGCCGACAAAUCAAAUGGUGGCUACUUUGAGUAGUCAAAAAUAUAAAACAUAUUUCCAUCCAUAAUUCCAUAUCAUCUUUGAUGUCUUCAGUAUGAUGUCUACAAUGUAGUGAAGAUAAAGAAAAAACAUUGCAUCAGAAGGUGUCUCCAAACUCUUGGUCUGUAUUGUACUUUUUAUACUCAGAUAAUCACAACUUUAGCCCUUGGUUUUAGGGUUUGUUUUGUUGAUUUGUCUUCGCUGUGGUGCAUAGUGGCUCUAUGAGGCAGCAGCUCAAUUUCCACCAACUGCUUAUUCUGGUCUUAUAUACAUCAUAUACAUAGUUCUGCUAAAAUGCUGGUCCAGGAAAGCAGACAUCUCAAAACAAGGGAAAGGGUGAGUGAGAGAUGAUUUAGCAAAAAUAUUAUGAAUAAUUUUUUGUUUUCUAGGUCAUUCUGGGUUGUAGUGAUGUUUGACUGAUACACCAUGAUCCUUCUAAUUCCUGCCACCUCUUUGUGAUUAAAUAUCAAAAGCAUCUGACUGUAUGUCAAGAGGU